AUAAAAAAGCAUUUUAGAAAGUUAGGUACAAAAAUGAAAAUUUACUCACACGUGUUAUUGAAUUUGUAGUGUAACGUAACGGCCAAUAGGGUAAGAUUUUGACCUAAUAAAAUCAACAACCAAUCGGUGUCGUUUUGACAUUUAGAGAUAACUAAACGCAGCACCAUAUUCUUCACUCCUUCACACUCUCCCAAAACUCAUAUCUCCUUCUUCAUCCAAGAUGAAUUCUCAGAUUUCCAGAUCUGCUGCUAGAGCCUUUAGGUCCUUCCUCGCUUCUUCUAAGAACGCUCGUUUUCACUCUGAGGGACGAACUGUAGCUGCAGCAGCAACAUUAGCUGCAAGAGGAAAUGGGUCUUUCUUAGCUGCUGCAAAAUUUGGAAGAGCUGGUUCUGAAAAUGCAUACGCAAGAUGGAUUUCUGGAGCUCUUGCCAUCCAUGCUGCUGCCUACAUGGUACUAGACCAGGAGGUUCAUGCUGCAGAGUUCGAACGCACUUUUAUCGCUAUCAAGCCUGAUGGAGUGCAAAGAGGACUGAUUUCGGAAAUCGUAGCCAGGUUCGAGCGAAAAGGGUUUAAACUGGUUGCCAUAAAAGUUGUGGUUCCUUCAAAGGAAUUUGCUCAGAAGCAUUACCAUGAUCUGAGUGAAAGACCCUUCUUCAAUGGCCUCUGUGACUUCCUUAGCUCUGGUCCUGUCAUUGCUAUGGUUUGGGAAGGAGAAGGUGUGAUCAAGUAUGGUAGAAAACUCAUUGGAGCCACAGAUCCUCAAAAAUCAGAGCCUGGAACCAUCAGAGGUGAUCUAGCUGUGGUUGUUGGAAGAAAUAUCAUUCAUGGGAGUGAUGGACCAGAGACUGCAAAAGAUGAAAUCAAUCUAUGGUUCAAACCAGAAGAGUUGGUGAGUUACACAAGCAAUUCAGAGAAGUGGGUCUAUGGAAACAACUGAUGAAUAAUUCAUUUUUCUUCCAAUUAAUAAUGAUUAUUACUACACAUUUUCGGCUAUGCUAAGCUAAGUCCACAUGAAGAGUAGCAAAAUAAGUUUUCACUACAUUGUUACAAUUAUAAUAAUGAUAAAUUAACAUUGUUGCUUUAUGUUUUCUUAUUGAAUUGAGUUGAGCCAAUAAUGUUUAGAAUUGGCCAAGUAGAAUCUCUCAUUCAAUAAUUUCAUAUGGUUACCUCUUUAUUCA